ACAAUCUUGGUUUUUAAUUCGGCCGCUGGCUAAAACAAAAAACAAAAGCGCGCCAUGGAACCGAAGUGCAUUUUACCUAAAAACUCGAAGAUAAAAAAUAAAGGUAGACUGGUUGCAAACGCAACAAACAGCAGGAAGCCUGAAACUGGACGCCUCUAUUAUUGUCGCUCCUGUUUGGUUGCCUUUCCUCGGUUUCUCGUCUGCAAGGCACAUGAGCAGCUGUGCGAUACGCGGAUCGCCCGACUGCACAUAUGCAAAUAUUGCCUCACAUUGUAUGGCGAUGAGCAGCUGCGUCAGCGGCACAUCCAACGCAAACACAUGGACGGCCGCUAUAUGUGCCUGCAGUGUGGCACAUUUGGCAAGCGCUACAGCUCAUCAAUAUUCCUGUACAAGCAUGUGGUUUCAUGGCAUGGCGAACACUCGCUCUUCUACUGCGCCAUGUGCGCGGACAACUGUAACGACGCGAAGGCGUUUAGCUGCAUGAGCGACCUGAUUGCCCAUGCCGAAAGCGACCAUAGUCUGCAAGGCGAUGGCAGCGUUGUCGAUGAGACUGAGGAUCUGGAAAUGCUUGAGGAGAACAUUGACGAGCUGCUGCCUACUGUUGAUUGGGACGAUGAUCUAACAUUUGGUUGGCCUAUGGAUUUAGAUAAGGAGUCGUGCAUUGCCGAUCCAAAGCCCAAGCCCAGCGCCUAUGUUUGUCCACUUUGUGCCAAUGGAUACACCGGCAGCAUCAGUCUGCUCAAGCACAUUGAGAAAUCGCACAAUCGCAAUCCACUUGACUGCAUUUUCUGUGGCAAAUCGCACAAAAAUCGGGAGGCCAUCCGAGCACACUUGCAGCGCCAGCAUGUGCUAUUGCGCGCCCACAUUUGUACCGUGUGCCAAGCGGAUUUCACCACCGCCGAUCAUUUGCUGAAGCACAUGAGGAGCAAGCACCUGGAACGGGCGCACGUCUGUCCCGAGUGCGGCAAGUCCUUUGCCCAAAUUAGUCAUCUUACCGAGCACAUGUUGUCCGAGCGGGGACAUAUAAAACACAUCUGCAAUCUAUGCAACACGCAGUUCUUUCGAUCCAUCGAUCUCACGCGCCACAUUGAGCUUAAACAUUCUUCAAACUUAUAA